AUGAAGACCCAACAAAAGUUCAUCAACCAGGGCCAAGAGGAUGAGAUGGAGGUGUGGGGGUACCGACCCUGUCUGUGGAAAAUCAUCCUGGUGGGUAUUGGUGCCGUUUGCUCCGGUGGUCUUCUGCUGCUGCUGCUCUACUGGCUGCCUCAGUGGGGGGUCAAAGCCACCUGCACUGAAACUACAUUGAAGGAGGCACGUAGGCUGCUGCUCAGGACCACGGAUGAUUUCAGACAGUGGUUUCGUGCCAAAGUGCAUGUGAUUUGGGCUCCAGGGAAGACCCCCUUUGAUAGUGUGGAGUUCACAGCUCACUUACAGGAUGGAGACGAACACCAAAGCCUCAAAGCUGAACACAAGAAGCAAAAUGGGAAACUCUGCCAUAGAGCGUGUGUUAAGGUCCACUACUUCACCCACCACAACAUCAAGUACUACUGGAAUGAAGGGACGCAGAGCUUUUCACCGUACAAAGGCUUGGAGGAUACGCAGGUGAGCUGUGCACACAUUCACACCAACCACAGCUCUGGACUCACAAAAACCCUGCAGGAUUACAGAGCUUUGUUUUUUGGCAAGAAUGAAAUUGACGUAAAAGUGCCAUCUUUAUUCAAGCUCUUAGUAAAUGAGGUCUUGAAUCCAUUUUACGUUUUCCAGGUCUUCGCUGUUAUUGUGUGGUCUCUUGAGGACUACUACCAUUAUGCUUUAGCCAUGCUUUUAAUGUCUGCUAUUUUAUUAGUCGCCUCUCUGUGGACCAUUAAAAAGCACUAUGUGAGACUACGUGACACGGUGGUAGCACACAGCAUGGUACAAGUUUCAGUGUGCAGACGAAAUGAAGACAUUGAACAGGUCAUGUCAACAGAGCUCGUGCCAGGUGAUGUCAUCACUAUUCCGACAAACGGGAUGAUUAUGCCCUGUGACGCCGUGCUCGUCUGCGGCGCCUGUACUGUUGAUGAGAGCAUGUUGACAGGGGAGAGUGUUCCAGUUACUAAGACCAGUGUGCCAAGUUCAGGCGAGGAGGCAGAGAGGAUGUAUAACGCAGAGGAACACAAGCUACACACCCUCUUCUGUGGCUCACAUGUUAUCCAGAGUCGUUACUAUGCUCAUGAGCUGGUGAAGGUGGUCGUGGUCAGAACAGGCUUCAGUACAGAAAAGGGCCAGCUUGUGCGCUCCAUCCUCUACCCCAAGCCCACCGACUUUAAACUGUACCGUGAUGCUACGCAUUUCCUGAUGUGUAUGGUGGGGUUCGCAGUGGUCUGCGUCAUCUACAGCAUUGUCAACGAUGUAUUAAAUGAGCUUCCUACUCAGUAUAUCAUCUUUGAUUGUGUAAACAUCGUCACCAUCGCUGUGGCCCCGAUAUUACCUGUGGCCUUGACUGCUGGUCUUGUGAAUGCACAGCGCCGCAUGAAGCGAGCCGGAAUCUUUUGUAUCAGUCCGCAGAGAAUCAACAUCGCUGGUCAGGUGAACCUGGUCUGCUUUGACAAGACUGGUACUCUCACUGAGGACAGUUUGAACCUGUGGGGUAUUCAGAGAGCUGAGGAUGCCAUUUUUUCACCUCCAGAGACUGAGGUAGCUACAGAGAGUCUGGCGAAGACUUCUUUUUUCACCUGCAUGGCUACCUGCCACUCACUGGUGACCAUAGACAACAAGCUCUGUGGCGACCCUUUAGACCUUAAGGUGUUCAGCGCCACAGGCCUGGUCCUCGAGGAGCCGACAGAAGAACAUAAUGCACUUUACAGUGCCAACAUUUCCACUGUUGUGAGACAUCCACAACAGGUAAAUCCCUUAACAUUCAAUACUAUGACAUUGACCUUUCAGUGGGGUGGGUUUGGCAUUGUGCGCCACUUCCCCUUCUCCUCAACACUGAAGAGGAUGAGUGUACUGGUCAGACAACUGGGACAAAGACAUUUUGACGUCUACCUGAAAGGAGCACCACAGACUGUGGCUAACCUCUGCAAACCGGACACAGUCCCAGAGAGUUUCGGAGAGAUGCUGGAGUCCUACACCCGGCAGGGUUUCAGGGUUAUUGCCCUGGCACAUCACCAGCUGGAGUCCAGCGUCCUCUGGCCUGACGUCCAAAACCUUAGUCGACAGCAGCUAGAGACCAACAUGUACUUCCUUGGCUUGAUCAUCAUGCAGAACAAAAUCAAAGAACAGAGUGCUGGCGUGUUGCUUGACUUACGACAAGCCAACAUUCGUACUGUGAUGGCUACAGGUGACAACAUGUUGACAGCAAUAUCAGUGGCUCGAGACUGUGGGAUGGUUCAAGCCCGUGAGAAGGUUAUUAUUGCUGAUGCUGUGCCUCCAAAUGAUGAAAACCCUGCUAGUAUCACAUGGCGCUACUCUGACGACCCGGUUCUGAACGACAAUCAGGCACCUGGGAUAGUUUUUAUUGAGGAGGGGGUGAAAGAAGAUGAGAACCCCGGCUAUCACUUUGCCGUGAGUGGCCGAUCCUUCGCUGUCAUCUCUGAACACUUUCCAGAACUUGUUCAGAAGUUCCUUCUGAGGGCCACUGUGUUUGCUCAAAUGACUCCAGACCAGAAGACUCAGCUAGUACAAGUCCUACAGAGCAUUGAUUACAUUGUAGGGAUGUGUGGAGAUGGCGCUAAUGAUUGUGGGGCCCUGAAGAAAGCUCACUGUGGGAUUUCUCUGUCUGAGCUGGAGGCCUCUGUGGCUUCUCCCUUCACCUCCUCCAUCCCAAACAUCUCCUGUGUUAGCAACCUCAUCAGGGAGGGCCGUGCUGCUCUUGUAACAUCUUUCUGUGUGUUCAAAUUCAUAGCCCUCAACAGCAUCAUCCAGACCUUCAGCAUCAUUCUGCUCUACUCAGUUCUUAGCAGCUUUGGAAGCCUCCAGUUCCUUUGUAUUGACAUUGGCACUGGUUUAUUUUUGCCCUUUACAAUGAGUUUGAACCCGGCAUGGAAGAAGUUGGUGCGACAUACCCCUCCGACAAAUCUGAAGUCAGGUCCAGUGGUUUUCUCUGUUUUAGCUCAGAUCCUCAACUGUCUGCUCUUCCAGCUUCUGACUUUCUUCUUAGUACGACAACAGAGCUGGUAUACAACGUUUGAGCCAGUUUCCUGUCACGAGACCAGAGCUGUAGUUGAACUGAAAGGUGUACCUAUCAAGAGCUUUGAAAACACCUCCAUCUUCUUCGUUUCUUCCUUCCAGUGCUUGAUUGUAGCUAUUGUCUACUCCAAAGGAAAACCUUUCAGACAACCAAGCUAUAAAAACUGGCCAUUUAUGUUGACCUGUGCUGUUUUGUAUGUUUUUUUCUUGGUCAUCAUGCUGCAUCCCAUUACUGCCAUAGACAACGGCUUGCUGAUCGUGUGUAUUCCCUACGACUGGCGCAUAAAACUCCUCAUCAUUGUUUUAGGACACACUGUUGUCUCUUUCACACUGGAGAUUUUAAUCCUUGACACCUUGUGGAUGAUUGUUAAAGCCAACCUGCGCGCAAAGCCAACCAACAAACCCCCCAAUCAGAACACAGCACAGGUGGUGAAUGGCCACUGGGGCUGGGCCUUCCUCUCUUGGAUGAUCUGCUGUAAACAAUGUUCUCCAAAGACUAAAUACAAGCAUCUGACUCUGAAGCUGCAGGAGCAGGCUGACUGGCCUCCUGCACCGUCCACUAUCACCUACGCCAGCACACCUCAGUCCCUCACCUACGUCAGCCACUAAUUUCUAGAUACCCCCACAGCGUGGCCUCCACUGUAAAGGUCCCAUUUUAUGGGCCGCCAUGAUGAAAUAUUUUUCGGAGCUGGGUGCUCAGAGGAUUUUAGAAUGUGGAAGGCUAGUGAAGCAUUGUCAACCCGCACGCUUCAGGUUAAUGACAGGACACAUUUGUUGGCCGCAUUUGAAGGACCCUUUGAGCUUUUUCAAAUUGGGGGAGCCAUCACACUUCUUAAAAAUACACACUGGGAGGGAUUGAGGCUGUUUUGAUAGUAGUCUGAAACGACCAGGCUCUUUGUGCUUCUGUUGUUUAAUUCUAACCAUCUCUAACAAGUCAGUUCAAUCCAGCAUAAUCCAUAUCCAUCCUAUGCCUUUGGUAGCAUUGUGGGCAUGUAAAACCUUGUCUUAUUAUCUGUGCAUAUUCUGGAUGCUUUUUAUUUGACAAUAUGUUAAUUUGGCCAUGUUGAAUGCUUAAAACGAAUACAUGAUUUAUGCUAGCAAUCGUUCCUUGUGUUAGCUAACUAAUGCUGACUCAAUACAGUAGCAGUUGCUAGCAAUGUUAAAGUCAUUUAUUGGAGU